GGCGUGACGGCAGCAAACACGACCGGACAGAUUUGUAACGCACUAACGGAUGAAUGUUUUCAACUGUUGACAGGAAAACCGAGCAGCUGUGUGGACCUACUUUAUGUCCAUUGAUUGAGAAAUACGAGGAGGGCGCUGUCGUUGUGCAGAAAGUCCCCAACAAAGCCUGCACAUAGCCCUGAUAUCAACCCAUGAAAGUCCAUGUUGUCUUCUCUGUCCACGAUGAUGUCACAUGGUUUCAAGAGCAGUAAACAGGACUUUAACUUUGGACCAUGGAAAGUGACUGCUGCCAAAAACCACAUCAUGAAAUCCAAAGACAUUGAACGGUUAGCAGAGGAGAUGAACAUGCCCUCCCUUCCCGAGAUGCUUUUCGGGGAUAACAUCCUGCGCAUCCAACACACAGAUGGCUACGGCAUCGAAUUCAACGCCAUUGAUGCCCUUAAGAGAGUCAACAACAUGGAGGAUGCUGUGAAGGUGGCGUGUGCCCAGGAGUGGCAGGAGAGCAGAGCUGAUUGUGAACACUCCAAAGAGGUGGCAAAACCUUAUGAUUGGACAUACACCACUGACUACAAAGGCACAAUGAUAGGCGACGGUAUGCAGAUAAAGGUGUCGGAGACAACAGAGCGCAUCGACAUGGAGAAGCUGAAGGCCCGGGAGCAGAUCAUGUUCUUUGAUGACGUGCUGCUGUUUGAGGAUGAGCUGCACGAUCACGGAGUUUCCAUGAUCAGUGUCAAAAUUAGAGUGAUGCCCACCAGUUUCUUCCUGUUGCUUCGCUUCUUCCUACGAGUGGACGGAGUUCUGAUUAGAAUAAAUGACACGCGACUGUAUCAUGAGGCUGGAAAGAAUUACAUGCUACGGGAGUUCAGCACAAGAGAAAGUAAAAUAUCCGAACUGAAGUUCCAGAAGUCACAGGCUGACCUGGAAUACAUCGAGAAGCGGCUGAAGCUGGACUUCAUCAACAGCACUGCAGAGAAUGGAGGUUCUGCUGAGGAGAACCCAGCCGUGGUGCUGGAGAACCUGAGGAGCCUGAAGGCCAAACAUGCAGCAUUGAGCUCUCAGGUGAAGGAGAUCGCAGCUGCACAAAAAGAGUCCAUGGACUCCAUCAGAAACAACCUUGAAAGUGUCAUGAAGGUGAUCCAAAAUGUCCAGCAGACUGCCGAUGUGGAGGUUCAGCCACUGACGGAGUCAGAGCGAGAGUCAGUAGAACUGCUUCUGGCUUCAGCUCUCAUUCAGACCACUCCAGAGGUACCUACUGCUGUUGCAGCUGCAGGUCACCAGCAGCCCCCGAGCUGCGAAUAUAAGGAGCUGAGUGUUGCCAUGUUGGAGGCUGUUCCUUCUAGCGUGCGCACCAACGUCAAGCUGGCCGACCUCAAUAUGUUCUACCAGCAGCUGCAGCAGCACUUCAGCAAGAACAGUGGAUCCCUCAGUGUGCAGAAGAUGAAGCUAUUGAAGAUGAAGGUGAGCGAUGCUAAGCUAAGGGUCCUGCAGCACCUGUCUUUAGUAGAGCAGGACAGGAAAGGCAAUGUUCGUCUUGUGAAGUGAGGCUGAGCCUGUUGACGGGACAAGUGUGUCUGGAUCCAGAUGCUUCUCUGCUUGUUCUGAGCUGGACUAACAAACUGAAUUCACUGCCUGAUCAAUCUCCUCGUGCCCACCAUAUGUUUGUACCAGAUAUUUGUGGGUAUAUCAGUCUUCAUUUCAGAUACAGAUGUGAUGUAAAUUGUUGCACUUAAAUGGAUAUUUUAAGGGUCUUUUUUGACUGUGUCAUAUGAACUGUUGCAUAGAGGCUCACAAGUCUGCCAGUGGAGACACAAGGAAGAAGAGAAAGGAUUGUGUUAUAAACUCUAUGCAUGCUUAUGUCAUUGUUAUCUCUCUAAUAUGUCUGCUGCUUUAUCUCACUGUUAGACAGCAUUUUCUGACUGACAACUGAAGUUUAGAACUGCUCAUUCACAAACAGAAUUUCACCAAAGUCUCAAAAUAACUCAUUCGAACUUAUGUUGGAGGCAGCAGUGGAUCAACAACUCCUGUGUGCUGUGAUGUUUAAAUAUUUAUGGCCUUUGGUGCAGGGAGUGAGUGGUUUACAAAGCAACAUAAACCUCAGUUUCCAGUCAAAGGCUGUCUCAUGGCAAGAAAGGUGGCUAACUGAUUCUUUAGAUAUCAGACACGUAACCAGGUAUAGAUUUCACAAGGUGAGUCUCAGUCUCGUUCCUGCUGCCACAUACAGUUAAUCUGUGCAAUGUGUCAUUUCCCCAUAAAACCAGACUUCAAAAAAGCCUGAACUAUACCUUUAAUAAAUGGGGGUACUCUAAACUUAAACCCUAUGGGCUGUCAAGAAAAUGAGAUUGAAAAUGGGCUGUAUUUUUAUGUAUUUUCUGCAUCUUUAAAAAGAGCACAAUGUAAAUAAAAACUUUUUCCAAACAGUAUUUUUU